ACUGGUGUCGGAGGUCUCUCUCACUUGACUCCUCAGCUACCACCAUCCUGCUUCCCCUCUCCCUCUCUCCCUCUCUCUCCCUCCCCUUCCCAUGUGGGCGGCCUCGAGCUCUGCUUAAUCACAGCUGUGUUCGUUGGUUGGGUGAUCCGUCCCUUGUCGGCUCGGCUCCUUUCAGCUCCGAGCUCCGGGACAGGGAGGUCUGCGCUGUCGCCACCUCGCCCCCCUUUUGUGCGCCUAGGGGCACUGAGCAGUGAGCUCCUUUCCUCCCCGGCCUUUGUCGCCCCCCUUCUUGCUGUAUCUGGCUUACAAGAUCCGACCUUUCCUGCCCCCCUUGGCCAAAGAUCUACCGCUUGGGUGGUUCUUGCAGAUUGCUGAGAGGAUGCAGCACGACCUGAAGAAGAAGGCACCUUCAGAAAUGGAUUUUUUCACGGAAUAUGGUGAGGGCAGCAGGUACAAGAUAGAAGAGGUCAUAGGGAAAGGGAGCUACGGUGUGGUUUGCUCUGCCCUGGACACCCAUACUGGCGAAAAGGUUGCUAUAAAGAAGAUAAAUGACAUCUUCGAGCAUGUGUCUGAUGCGACAAGGAUACUCCGUGAGAUCAAGUUGCUUAGACUACUGCGACAUCCAGAUAUUGUGGAAAUAAAACAUAUUCUACUUCCUCCGUCAAGGAGAGAAUUCAGGGAUAUAUAUGUAGUUUUUGAACUCAUGGAGUCUGAUUUGCACCAAGUUAUAAAGGCUAAUGAUGACUUGACCCCAGAGCACUAUCAGUUUUUCUUGUAUCAGUUGCUUCGAGGAUUGAAAUACAUACAUACAGCAAAUGUAUUUCAUCGAGAUCUGAAACCAAAAAAUAUUCUGGCAAAUGCUGAUUGCAAGCUCAAAAUAUGCGACUUCGGCCUGGCCAGAGUAGCUUUCAAUGAUACUCCAACUGCCAUCUUUUGGACGGAUUAUGUUGCAACUAGGUGGUACCGAGCACCUGAGCUGUGUGGAUCUUUUUUCUCCAAGUAUACACCAGCGAUAGAUAUAUGGAGUAUUGGCUGUAUAUUUGCAGAACUAUUAACUGGAAAACCUCUUUUCCCUGGGAAAAAUGUGGUACAUCAACUCGAUAUAAUUACAGAUCUCCUGGGAACACCUUCUCCAGAAGCAAUAUCUAGGAUUCGAAAUGAGAAGGCUAGGCGCUACUUGAGCAGUAUGAGGCGGAAAAAGCCUGUACCGUUCACACAGAAGUUCCCAAAUGCAGAUCCACUUGCACUAAAUUUGCUGGAGCGAAUGCUAGCUUUUGAGCCAAAAGACAGGCCAAGUGCUGAAGAGGCUCUUGCUGAUCCUUAUUUCAAGAAUAUAGCCAAUGUGGAUAGAGAACCUUCUGCACAGGCUGUCACAAAGCUUGAAUUUGAGUUUGAGAGGCGGAGAGUUACAAAGGAUGACAUAAGGGAACUCAUAUAUAGAGAGAUUCUUGAGUAUCAUCCAAAGAUGUUGAGAGAAUUUCUUGAGGGAACUGAGUCAAGUGGUUUCAUGUACCCAAGUGCAGUAGAUCAUUUUAAAAAGCAGUUCGCGUUUCUUGAGGAACAUUAUGCCAAGGGUUCUACAGGAACCCCACCUGAGAGGCAACAUAACUCAUUGCCACGGCCUUCUGUUGUCUAUUCGGAUAACCGACAACAAAGCACAGCCAACAUCACGGAGGAUCUUUCCAAGUGUUUAAUCAGAGAAAAUACACAAAAGACACAGCAACAUUCUGCUUCAGUUGCUGCAAAUAAAUUUCCACUCCAUGUUCCUCAUGGUGCUGCCACGAGACCUGGUAAAGCAGUUGGUUCAGUGCUGCAGUACAACCCCGGUACAGCAUCUGCUACUGAACAGUAUGACCAACGAAGGGUCGCUAGGCACCCAGCAAUUGCCCCAAACAAUAUCCCUUCUGGAAGCUCAUACCCUAGAAGAAAUCAGACCUGCAAGAGCGAGACAGGUGAUGCAGAAAGGAUGGACGUGAACCAAGCUGGACAGCCAAAGCCAUAUGCAGCAAACAAGUUACCUGCUACCGUGGAUGGUCGUGGUGGCCACUGGUAGAUUUCCGCUGUGCACCAGCAAACUAUUUCCUGACAUGCUAUCAGCAUCAGUUACUUAUGCUAAGUGCUACAUCAUUCUGACAAAUUCAGAAAUGUAGUCCUGUACAGAUUUGUAUUCUUUGUCCUGAUGCCUAAAUUCUGAAAGAUCGUAAAACUCAAAGAUCCUCUAAAUUCCGGAUUCUUUGUACUUGAAGUUCCUGGGUUUCAACUUGUCGCCGUUCAAUCACUAAAAUCUGGUAAAGAUUUGUCAGACUGAUGUAUGGUGGAAACUCACUGCCAGCAGAUGGACCUGGCUGCAGAGUUCGAGAUUGAAGCUGUUCAUGAACUUCAACCUGGUAGCUCUGGAGCCAAACUGAAAAGCUAGUAGUUGCUGUUAAUCAUGUACACGUCAGGUGCAGAAUGUUCAUUUGUGGAUCGGAGCCAUGAACUGCAACUAUGUACACUUUCUUAAUAUCAUGUCAUUGUAAUCUGCACGUUUCUGAGUUCUAACAUCAGAGUGUGACCAUUAUAUUUUAAUUUAUUAAUUAACUGUAAUAUCGACAA